AUGAGUGAUAAUGAACAUCUCAUAACAGAUGAUAACUCUUACAGUGGAUCAGACAGUGAAUCUGAAAUUUCUAUAAAUGAUUCCGGAAGUAAUGAAAGUUCGUUUUCGGACUUUUCAAGCGAUGAGGAAACGGAAAGUUCGGAUGACCUAACUCAAGUUCGAAACUUUUGUGAACUAAAUAUAACAAAUCCUCAUUCACCUCCACCUCGAUUUCCAUUCACAGCAAAAUCCAGCUUUUCUGAAACCAAUAAAUAUGCAGAUUGGACCAUUCAUAGUAGUAAUCUACGAAGGAAAAGCAGAGCAAAAAAAUGGGAACCAACAACAAAGCGCGAAAUUCAAGUGUUUCUUGCGUUGAAUAUUUUGCAAGGAAUUGUGAAAAAGUCUGAUGUUGAGCAAUACUGGAGUAAGAGACAUUCAACAUCAACUCCAUUUUUUUCCAAAAUUAUGUCUUACCGACACUUUUAUCUUAUUUACCGGUGUUUACAUUUUUCUGAUGAUACCGAAUUUGAUGCUAAAAUACACGAGUGUUCAAAACUGCAGAAACUGUGGCUGAUCAUCAAGCAUUUGAAUACUCGUUACCGAGAAACUAUCACACCUGAAAGAGAUGUGACAAUCGAUGAGAGUUUGAUGCUGUACAAGGGAAGAUUACACUGGAAAGAGUAUAUACCUCUAAAGAGAUCACGAUUCGGCAUAAAAAGUUUUAUUUUAUGUGAAUCGAAGUCAGGUUAUAUGUAUCAACUUAUUAUAUACACUGGGAAAGGUACACUUUUUGAUGAUAAUUACCAGCAUUUGUGCAAGUCCUCUCAAGUAGUGAUGACACUUAUGCAGCCACUAUUGAAUAAAGGAUACUGCCUAACGGCAGACAUAUAUUACACAUCACCAGAACUUGCAGAUAUCCUUAUCAACCAUCAAACAUAUAUAUGGAACCCUCAAACUUACCAGAAAGGAUGUCCCAAAAGAAUUACAGAAGAAAAAAUUAAAAUUCGGAGAAAUCUGUGCGUACCAAAGAGGGAAAGUCUGUAUAAUGAAAUGGAUGAUAAGAAAGCUGUAUCUCUAUUAUCCACAAUACACAACCCUAUAAUGAUUGAAGUGCCACCUUACAAGGAUAAAGUCAGAAAGAAACCAAAGGUAGUGAUGGAAUAUAAUAAUACCAUGGGAGGUGUUGAUAGAAUGGAUCAGCAUCUCACCAAUUAUCCAGUCACAAAGAAGAGAUGA